AAAUUCCUUCGCAAGAUCAAGAGAUGAUGAUGCUUCGUACGGUGGCCCGCGCCCGUAAGCCCGUGGCGGCCUUCCGCGCCUUCUCGGCCGCGCCCGGCGACGAGAAGCCCGACGACAGCGCCUUGAUGAAGGAGAUCCAGGAGACGCAGUGCGCGCGCCGCUACGAUGUGCUCCCGCCGCACGCGUCGGCGUGGGAGAACCCGAUCGUCGGCGAGGUCUCGCUGCCGCACCCGAAGGAAUGCUCGGUCGUCAACUUUGUCGGCGAGUGGACCAAGGGCCGCAAGGCGAUCAUCUACAUGCCGUGCCGCAACCAGAUGCAGAGCGGCGACUACAACACGCACCACUGGGAGAUCCGCUUUGGCACGCGCCAGACGUGGCAGAACCCGCUCAUGGGCUGGACGAGCGGUGCUGACCCGAUGGACGCCAUGGUUAUGAAGUUCAACACGAAGGAAGAGGCCGUGGCCUUUGCGACGCGCCAGGGCUGGUCGACCGAAGUCAUGCCCGUCGCCGAGAAGGAGGACUUUGAGGGCAAGAUCGCGUACUCGCACAACUUUUUGCCCGUCGACGUUGAGAACAAGCUCAAGAAGUACGGCAAGAAGGCGUCGGUGCACUUUAAGCACGCGGCUGGCGGUCACAGCCACUGGGUCAAGACGCUCAAGUACAACGGCAACGGCGAAGUCGUGCAGCACGGCGGCGACAAGGAGUAUUAGAUUGAUGGUGUGUUGCUGGCGCGGGUAAUAACAAAACGAAAUACUCAUGCAUCAUACGAGCUGCGCAACGG